AUGAACGCACCCGGACUUGUUGCAAUAAAACCACGUAGAUCAUCAUCCGCGGAAGUAGUCGACGAGGGCCAGGUUGGAGAGCUUGAAAACCGAGAAAAGACGAGCGACCAGAAAUGCGCUUCGAGUGGUAAGAACACGAAGAACGUCUGUCGUCGGUUCGGAGAUCACGAAGUAGACCACCACGUCGACCACCGCUACGACACCUACGGGAAGAAAAAGCGACGGCGAUUUAUUGCGCAUCUUCAAAGCGACGGAGAGCAAGAAGAGGGCAAACGUGAGGUGGACCCGCUGGGUUCUAUCGUCCCAGGAGGAAUAAAGAUGAAGAAGAAUUCCUCGUCGUCUCCCGUGAGGUCAUCGUCUGUGUAUGGCAUGACGCGCGCGCGGCGGUGGAGCCCCGGAGGGGAUGGAAGUACCUUUUCUACGCCGUCUUCGACUACCUCUCAUCGGAACAAACAGACAAGGAACGAAAGCCCCACAGGUUCUACUGGCCGAACCAGAAGUACAGAUGGCGAUGAUCAUCAUAAAGAGGCCCCAGAAGGAGAAGUGCUGGAUGCACCUGGGGUUUUGAGAAUCAAAAUCGCGGAGAUAGGGGUGUUCCACGGCGAGACGAGCUUGCACCAAAUUAAACACUGCGCACCCUUGCUCGGCGAGGAAGACCAUGUAGAAGGUAGUGUAGGUGAAAUAACUCCUUCGGCUACUACAAAUGAUCCUGCGUCAAAGGAUGAAGAUGCGAAGGGUCGUUACGACGAAGAUGAGUACGAUGAUCUCUCCACAACCACGGGGGCGGAGACAAAGCCUCAGAUAGUUUUGGAGUACCACCUGAUCGAUCCUUGGCGGGACCGGGAGCUCGAGUUUGAAUCCAUGAAGGCUUUUCUGGAGAAUAUCCUGAGUAAAAACGUCCCCACACCAGAGUCAGGAUGGGGAUUUUGCAACACAAACCUAGGAGUUUUGCGAGUCACGCAUGACAAAUUGCAUUCCGCAGUGUAGUGCUGGUUAGCAAGUGCAGCCGCAUCACAGAUUCAUCUGCUCAUCCUGUUCACAGCAUCACAAAUUCGAAGACACGACUGGAAAUGGCUCUCAUGGGGAUGCGCAUUACAAGUCUUCCUGUCUUUGCAAAUCUGCAUUACAACUCUGGUUUGGGUGCGUUUUUAUUCAGGAUAGAGAACGAAAACCCGGAAUACCUCCAGGACCUCUUGCAGGAGCAGGGGGUAGGGCGCGAGAACAUGUUCACAGGAGAAAUUUAUCCCUCCUGGGAGGAGAAGCUUGUCGAGGCUUUUUUGGCAAGAUCUGAGGCGGGAAACCGAAACAACAGCUACAAAAGGGGGAGGAAAACCAGAAAGACGGGCGAGAAUGAUCGUCGUCCUUCGGAUGGGGACAGUACUACCGAGAUUGGCGGACCUGAUGAAAUGGGCGAAAAGCUAGAUAGCUUUACCGUUCCAGAGGAACAUCAACCAUCAGCACAACAAGUAGAAGACGCCCAAGAUGACCUGGACGAUACGCGCGUGGCGUACGAGGUCGCGGGAAACGAACGGAAAAUGAUCACGAAGCUAUCCUGUGUGACAUAUGGAUUUCCUGUCAUCCAAAAAUCCAUUUUCUCUGCCAUGAAGGUUGCUUGUAGUACCGACCGCACUUCAGCUUUUGUUGGGGCGUGUAAGCCGCCCGGUGACGAAGAGUUGGUAUAUCUAGUACGUUUAAGCUGCAGGUUAGAAUUAUUUCAGGUGGGCGUGGGCAGCACAACUCUGAGUCUGGGUGGUGGUGCGUUAUUGGACAACUCAUGGGCAAAGGGCAUGCUAUCCCAAUUGUAACACAUGAUAAACUCCCCUUUCGAUCGAGACUUCGGGCGACUGGAAAACCAACAAUCCCCGGAUGCCGGUAUCACACAGAAAAAAGUACUACUGGAACGACCUUGCCGCAUAGUAUCUUUCUUCGUUCUUCACAGACCCGAUUCAAUCAAAGCCAAACCGAUGUCAUAUCAGCAUCGAAGGAACAAAGUUUAUGCCAGACAGAGUCCGCAGGCCUCUUUCAGUUUCCCAAUAAGCACGUAAAGCAGAUCAUACUGCUGCCUUUAAUAGUGCACUGUAACAAGAAGUGCGCAAUUUCUUUCUGUGUGAUAGCCGAAGACGUUCGAGAACGAAAACGUUUUCAAGUGGAAGAAUGUGGAGCGAAACAAGAAAAUUACGGGGAAGCUUGUUCUGAAGAAGUUGAUCAAUGAACUGCUUCUGGAGCCAAACGUGGACGAAUUGGUGCUGGUGGAUGACUAUUUCCCAGGAGCUGAUCAGGGCGACGCAAUUCAACACGAGGCGAACCGCGCAGAUGAGCACCAGGUCAUGAAUGGUGGGCCUGGUCGUACUGAUAAUUUAGCAAAUCCAAAUUCUGCUAGAGGAAGUACCCGAAUGAAUACUUCCUCGUCCGGGGGGACUGCACCACAACGAAGAGCAAAGAAAGUGUCUCUCUCAACAACAAUGUCCUCUAAUUUGACUUUGAAAGGGAAGGAGGCUGAUUUUGAUGCGGAUCUUCGCGUCAAGGUUUUUCUCCACCGGACCUCUUCGUUGGUCGCGAGCGAGCAGUUCUUUUCCGGCAAGGUCGUCGGACGAGAGGGACCGCGUGACCACGAUCUUUUCUACCAUGAGGAAAAAUCCCCCCUCCCCUUAUCGAAGACGAAAUUCGUCAUGCUGUAUUUGAGUACACAAGUCGACUUGUUUUGCUAGAAGGCCAAGAGACGCAGCCGUGGCCUCGUUUGCGGGCAAUUUGUCAUGCUGUUUCGCCCUUCCAGCUGCCUCCUCUCAUGCUGAAGAUUUCCCCCUUACAGUCCGCAUCUUUUCCCUUCUAGCAUGACAAAAUGACUUGUGUACACAAAUCCCGCAUCACAGACUUCCAUUUUGAUAUGGGGAGGGGGGAUGUUUCAUUUUGAUACUUUCGACCUCGUCUUCAUCGACGGCGACCACACGCUGCCGGGGAUCAUAUCCGAUUUGGAGCAGUACGCGAGCAAAGUGCGACCGGAAACCGGCGUGCUCGCGGGCCACGAUUUCGCCGCCUCGUAUCAAGUGCAAAAGUGUCUGGGUCUGGAAGAGUGCAUGUUUGUCAUGCUUGUCCGGCAUGACUCUUAAAUCUGUCAUGCACGUUACCGAAGAGCCCCAUUUAUUUUUCUGUCUUGCAAAAACGCAGUUUGUAAUGCAGAAUAGGCAACACUUAGAAGCUCAGAAACUUGUCAUGCUGAUCCAGCACUUGUUGCUUCCUCAUGAUACGCCACCCAGCAUCACAAGUUUCCAGACCCAGACAGUUUUGCAUUUGAUACCUCGCGGUUUCCCGCCAUUCCCGUGGCCUUGAGCUACUUUGUCGUUCCACCAUCUGUAUCAAAUGCAAAAAUGUCUGGGUCUGGAAGAAUACAAACUUGUGAUGCGCAUCUCAGAACACAGAAAAAUCUCUCAUGCAUAGGAAGCAAAAGCUGCCCACUUUCUCUCACCAAAAUGGGGGAUUUGUCAUGCGGAUUCGGCAUUGCGGAAGCUUCUCGAAACCUGUGAUGCUAAAGCUUCCAUGCCAGACCUUUUGUGUCAUGCAAAAACAGCAUGACUCUUCCAGACCCAGACAUUUUUACAAUCCAUAAUCUGCGAGGCGGGGUUGGUCGGUGGAGGAUGGAACACAUCGUCGUGAUCUCCAGCAGGAAGCUGCUGCUAGUAGCGCUUCUGUUCUUGUUGGCACUGCAACAAUACCAUUUGGACAGGAGAAAGAGCAGGAGAAAAGAAGAAGUGAACCUGCGGGCGGCAGCACGUCGGCCGCGAAGAUCGAUUCUCUCUUUGAAAUAGAUGAAGAAGUGACGAGUAUCAUUCCAGACCCACGGCUGACGGAUUUGCACGCCAGAGUGGGAUACUUGUUUGAGCCCGAAAUCCACCUGGACACCGACUACGUGUGGUGGGUGAAGAGGAAGUAGCAGUAGGCGAGAUUUGGAUGCCUCCAGCACAACAAAUAAAAUAUUGAAAAGUUGUGCACGACCGACCUCCAGGUUCUUGUGCCUGCAUCCCGCGGCAAAAUAGUCCUCUCGAGCCUUUGCGCUGUUUCGCGAACCGAAACAUACUUUUUUGGCGGUGUACUGGUAUCCGAAUCAGAAUUCUUUCCGAAAAAGCAAUCUUUGUAUCCUCGUGCUUAUCUCUUCUAAACUGG